AUGUUAUCUAACUUUAUGAAGGGAACAAUCUUAGCCUUUCUAACUGGGCUUGGCAUGAUGGGGAACAUCUUUGUUUUUGUGAAUUAUAUGCUCAUAUUUGCAAACACUGAAAAGAAAUCUAUAUACCUUAUUCUCAUCCAUUUGGCUGUUACGAAUAUCAUAACUCUUCUUUCCAUGGGAAUGCCAAGUACAAUAGCAGCUUUUGGUAUGAGAAACUUCCUAAGUGACAUGGGCUGUAAAAUCUUUGCUUAUCUGGAGAGGGUGGCCCCGGGCCUCUCCAUCUGUACCAGCAGUCUCCUCACUGUGGUCCAGGCCAUCACCAUCAGUCCUCGACACUCUAAUUGGAGGAGACUCCAGCCCAGGUCUUCAUGGCACCUCCUUCUCUUGUUGCUUUUCUUUUGGGUUCUCAAUUCCUCAAUAGGCAUGAACUUACUCCUUUAUAUCACAAGUAUAAGCAUGAACAUAUCAAAAGGGACUAUGAGUGACACCACUUGUCAUUUUCGACCAGAAAAUCAGAAAAUAAAAUGGACAUUUCUUGCUAUCAUGGUAAUACGAGAUGUCAUGUUUCUGAGUAUCAUGGGCGGGGCCAGUGGCUACUUGUUUCUUCUCCAUAGGCACCACCAGCGUGUUCACUGCCUACACAUCUCCAGGUCCCUCUACAAAACUCCUCCUGAGAUCAAAGCUGCUGAAAGUGUUUUCCUUCUAAUGCUUUGUUUUGUUUUCUUUUAUUGGAUAGACUGUAUUUUUUCUCUAUUUAUUAAUACUUUCAUGGAGAAUAAUGCUGUAUUAUUAAAUAUUCGGAACUUUAUGACCCUUGGUUAUGCAAUUGUCAGCCCAUUUGUGCUGAUUCACAGAGAUAGACAUCUGACUGAAUGCUGGAAAGCUCUGUAG